UUGUUGUCGAGUGAGUGAUAUUUAAAUUGCAUUCAUCAUUAUAUGUGACGCCAAUUGCAAAACAGGCGAACCGUUUGCAAAGGCCGCGAAUCCGAAGACAUAUCAUCACCAGAAAGAAGAGGUGAUAAAAUUGUUAUUCAAUUCACAAUUGACAAUAGGAGUGAGUGAAUCCAAUGGCCGGCUAUGACUCCGACCGGUUUGUCGGUCUAACCCAAGAAGAUGAGCACGAGUUGUCGUGUGCUAUCUGUAAGAAUAUUCUCCUGGAGCCGAGAGUUAUCCAGUGUUGUCAACAGACUUUUUGCAAGCACUGCAUCACUGAGUGGUUUAAACGAAGUCCAUUAUGUCCGGUCUGUCGACACCAAAUGAGGGGCAAUGCGUCCGCACGCCUGUCACUCCCGUCUCGAAUAUUGAAUAAUCGGUUAAAAAAGUUACGAAUCGUGUGUAAUCACAAGGAGAGGGGCUGUCAGGAAGUGCUGACAUUGGAUCGGUUGGGAUCCCACUCGCGCUCGUGUCCGCAUAGAGACGGUGUUUGUCAGGAGUGUUGGAAAAGCAAAUGCGUCCGAAAGUCCGCUCGCAGUUGUGUUACAGCACUGAUCGAUGAGAACCGGACACUCUCUGCACAGGCAAGUGAUUUAAGAAAUGACGCCCAGAGAGGACAAAACCAAAGGCAGGGUGCGGGCAAUGAUGCGGGCAAUCCGGAGAUCAUCGCUUCCAAUAUGACUCAAGAACAGCGACAACAAGUGGUAGCAAUUGUGGCGCGAGUUCGCGGCGGUUAUUCUGUGGCCACAAUGAGUCGGGAUGUGAUCAAAGAGUUGAACCGAGUGUUGGGUCAGUGGCCUCACCCGGGAUGGAAGUGUUCUAUAUAUUUCAAGAGGACUAACGUUUCCCGACGCAACACUUCGUGGAUUAAGUUAAAGUACGGCCACUUAGUCUACUUCAUCUACCGUCCCAUUCAAUUGCAACAACACUUAUAA